AUGAAUAUACGUCUGCUGACUGCCCAAAUUAGGCUUUCAAGUCAUCUUCAUCUGUCCAAACGUUUUCGCUUCAGAAAACUUUCAUUCGUACAUAUUCGAUACAUGUCAUCCUUGAGGGAUGAUUCCGUUCGCUCGGUUCUCAGCUCAUCAUUCCAAAUUUGGCAGAAAUCUUCCGCAUUCCUAAAACGGCUUAUGUCGCUCGCAAAUCAAACUCAAACUCUCUGGAAGGAUGUCAACUUGAUGCGGCUACAUAAAAUAGGGAGAUUUCUUCUCGGGUCUUACAACGUCGGCCUCAAAGAUGAAAUAAAGAAAAUUACUCUAGAAAAACCAAGAUACCGUUUGAUGAAUCCGAAAAUCAGUUCCAUUUAUGUGUUCAGUGAUUCAUUAGUUCUUUUAAUUAACAAUGACAUUCGCAGCUACGACUUAAAUUUAGUAUGGACCGAGAAAACGCCCGAAGAAUUGAUAUAUGUUAAGACUCCAGAUAUGGAGUGUAGUUUGGAGUUCAAUGAGGAAGAAAACAAAGAGGGUGGCCAGAAUUGGAAUGCUUUCUCCAUGCAAUGCCGUUAUCCAUUUGACCCCUUGAUGGAAGGAGUUCCUUAUCCACUCACCAGAUAUGGAAGACAUCAGUUUUCUAAUGACUGUGAGCGUGAGAAGCUGAGGCUCUCUGUUUACGAGGGCGAAUGGAGGCGUAAUCGUAUGCACGGAAAGGGAACUUUAACGUUUCCCAAUGGGGAUAUUCAUAAAGGAAUGUUUGUAGAUGAUGUAUUGCAUGGGUUUGGCGAAAUUCAUAGGGCAGUUUUGGAGGAAGCUGAAACCAAUAGUGGAAUGCUCUCGUCCUUUUAUCUAAGCUCUUCCUCCAAGUCUGUCAAGUUUAAUAUUUUUCGAGGAGUUUUUAAUCGAGGAGUGCUGAAUGGAAUUGCCAAGAUACGAUAUUUUGAUGAAAGAACGUACGAGGGGUAUGUAGUGAACGAGGAACCUUUUGGAUUUGGUUUGAUGAGAAGUGCAACUAGAAUACAUGUGGGAUCUUUCCAAAAUGGAUUAGAGAAUGGAUACGGUGUCGAUGCUUGUGCAAAAAGCAAAACUCUUGGUGAAUUCGGAAACACCAAAGAUAAAUUGAAUCGGCUUGUGGUAACUAUAGACGGAGCUGUUACUGAAGGAGAAGUGCUCAAUAAUGUUUUCAAGAAUGGUCGAAUAACUGCAGUAAUGCCAGACGGAGAUACUGUAGAGUAUGAAGGAGAGAUGGACGGAGCAAAUAUAGGCAGAGCAGGAAAACUUAUGCUGACGAAAAACAGGAGCAUAGUAGGAUCUUUCAGUGGUAACAUACUUAACGGCGAAGUUCAUAUUCUGGAAGGAACAAUGGAGUUUUCAUCUGAACGAGAAGACCUUAUGAAUAACGAGGAACCUAAAUUGUCGAUUUGGUCAGUACCAUUAGAGAAACGUUGGAAGGAUAUGUUCGAUAGCUUCAAACAGGAAGAGCUAGGAGUGACAGGAGGUGAAACAAAUUGCGGGCAGGUGUGGAGUAGCAUAGUUUGGUCGAUGGAAAGAGGUAGACAGUUACUAUGCCGUAACGCAGGAAAUAGUGAUGAGAAAUAUCCAUUGAGAAAAGGAUUCUGUCGGGCUCUUGAACAUAUACCGGACUACAACUCACCGUGGUCCCUGUCUUACUACGAAAGCGUGGUGGAGUAUUGGCGUCUUGCUCUAGAUAAUGCAUAUCAUCCCAUCUGUCGCAUAAUGAUGUCUGUGGUUGAUGUUUUCCAGAUUUCUUAUGGGGAUGUUGCAGAGCAUCGGGCAUUAUAUUCUAAUGCCACAUUAGAAGCUAUCAAUUUGAUUAAUAGAGUUUAUGAAAUAACGAGGACCCUCUUCCCAUCUCUGCCCUCUGAUCCCAAUCAUGUUAUUUCUUAUGAUUUCGAACCAGACCAUUUGUGCUCAUCUUCGAAUGAUGUUUUCAAUACAACAUCUUCUGACGAAUCGGUUCCAACAUCAUCAGAUUCGUCCCCUGAAAAAAUGAAAUCAUCAUCCAAGCAAACUGAUAAGUUUCGCUUCCCAGUGCCCGCAAACGAUUUUGUCAACGAUGCUUUUUUUUCGAGAUGUGGUCCAGUUUUAUUCUCGAUUUUCUCUUUGUAUAACAAAGAUGUUAAUGAUCGUUACUGGGAACGGACAAUGUAUCUAAACAACUUCACUGACGUCAAAAUUUUGAGAUACCUCAGUGUCCCGAAAGAAUUGUGGCCUUGGGAAAUGGAUGAAGAUGUUAUGAACGACUUAGAUAGACCAUUGACUAUUGCAACGGCUAGAGAUAAAUUCUACUCAAAUGCAGUCCACAUGCUGCAACAGUUACCUAUGGAAACGAACCCUUCACAGAAGCUCAGAAUACUUGCAGGGACAUUCAGCAUAAUGAGAUCGGUACGCUACAUUUUUUUUCAAAAGUUUCAAACCCCCUUCGCUCUACUCGUUGUCGUUUUCACUAACAUUUACUAUUGGGAACUGAAGUAG